ACUCGAAGCCCAACAAACACCCAAGGCAACCACCAAAAGUGACACCAAAACCUCCAUUGCAACUCCAACUGCUUGCUCGCUCCCGCUCUCCGAUCUCUCAUGUCGACGGCAGCGGCUAGUCGGCCCAGCGGCCCGGUCCUGUCGAUUCCCAACUACCGUUCGGCCUCACCUACCCGCGUCAAGCUCGCCGCCGGCAGCGCCGCCCGUUCGCCGGGCAAGUCCGUCAGCGUCUCGUCGCCGAAGUCGUCGUCGGCCGCCACGAAGAGCCGUCAGUCGUGCAUGUGCUCCCCGACAAACCACCCCGGCUCGUUCCGCUGCAGCAAGCACAAGGAGCGCAAGCAGGAUGUCCCGGCCGGCCACAGCAAGCCCGCGGCGCCGUCCCUCUUCAGCGGCGUCUCGAGCGGCGCCGUGGAGAGCGGGACGUGGGCACGGAGGGCGCUCGCGCAGUCCCCGCAGUCGCAGCACCGGAGGCGCGCCGCCGGCGGGUUCCGUCCCCGGCCCAGCCGCCUCUCUGCCGUCUCCUUUGCCGGUGAGCGCGCCGGGGAAACUCGCCAGUGAGCAAACCAACCAACACCGUCGACAUGCCGUAGCAAAGAUGCUAGUACAUACUGUGCAUAGCAAAGAAGAAAUUUCCCGAAUAAUUCACCGGGUUCUUCCGUCCGCUGUAAGUAAUUAGCCGGUGGAGACUGGAGUUUUAGAUUCAGUCGGUCAUUCCGUGUACAUAGACAGUAGCAGAGUUUGUAAUCCCCUCCGAUCCGAUGUGUUCUUUUGGAUAUAUACAUAGUGAGAAAUGGAGACAUGUUGAUACA